GCAGUUGACGGUGUUGAGAAGGAAGAGGUGUACGAAGAUGCAGCAGAAACCAUUCAGAUGGAUUCCAGUAUAGACUUGCAGACAGGGAUAGAGCAAGCUGGGAUUGCUCUAAACCUAUUCCUUAACAACCAUUAUCAGGAGGCAAAGGACCGUAUGGCGCCAUGGGCUGACCGAAGUAUGUACCAUGCCCUAAGUUAUGGCACCAUAAUGUAUAUACAGGCCGUCAUGACAUUUGACAUGACUGACAUAGAGGCAGCCAUUGAAGUGAUCAAAAAGGCAGUGGUGCUAUGUAACAGACAUAGGAAGAAAACUUCUAUGAUUGGCUCACUCAGCAAAAUGGGCACCAAAGUCAACUACAAUGAUUAUACAGAAGUGGAAAUCCAUGCUGAGCUGUGUUAUGCUGAGUGUCUGCUCAUCAGAGCCCUGCUGACAUUCGUACAGGAUGAAAACCUCAUCAGCUUUGUGAAGGGGGGACUCAAAAUUAGGGAGUGUUACAAAUGCUAUAAGGACUGCCAUAAAAUUUUGCAGCAGAGGAACUGGUCAGACGAGAAAGACAAGAUGCACUUUGAAAGUGGCGUCAGGAUGGGCAUAGGAGCUUUUAACCUGAUGAUCUCCUUACUACCUGGAAAGAUUCUUAAGCUGUUAGAAUUUGUUGGGUUUUCAGGAAAUAAGAAACUAGGACUUUCAGAAUUACAGAAGGGGACAGAACUCAGUCACAGUUUACGUGGGCCCCUUUGUUCUAUUAUAUUGGUAGCAUAUCACACUGUUGUUAGUUAUGUUUUAGGUCUAGCUGAUGGGGAUAUAGAUUUAGCAUCACAGUUGUUAAAGCCAUGUUUACAGAAUUAUCCAAAGGGAGCGCUUUUCCUCUUCUUUGCGGGCAGAGUUGAGGAAGUGCGGGGCAAUUUAGAUGAUGCCAUCAUGAAGUUUGAAGAGUCUAUAGAUUCCCAGCAGGAGUGGCGACAGUUCCACCAUCUGUGUUUCUGGGAGCUCAUGUGGUGUCAUUGUUUUAAAGGGGAUUGGCUGAUGGGGAUGAAAUAUGCUGAGAAGUUGUGUAAAGAGAGUCGGUGGAGUAAAGCAACUUAUACAUACCAGAAGGCUUGUUUCUUGAUGAUGUGUACAGACCAGUCUGAGGACACAGCUAACCACAUCAACUACUUAAUGGGGGAAAUUCCCAAAUUAAAACAGAGGAUAGCUGGAAAGUCCCUACCCAUAGAGAAGUUUGCCCUGAAGAAAGUGACCAGGUAUGAUGAGCAAAAUCAGCGACUGACCCUGCCUGCUCUGGAACUGGUAUAUGUUUGGAACGGCUUCUCUAUCAUCGGACAGAAGCAGGAACUACUGGCGCCAAUGCUUACUAUCCUGGAGUCCACCAUUAAUGAUAUCCUCUCAAAGCCAGAUAGCUUUCAGUAUUACUGGGAUGACUACUGUCUCACUCUGUUGAUGAAAGGGAUCUGUCUCAAAUACAGAAAGCAGCCGUUCCAGUCUGAACAGUGUUUCAAAGAAGUCAUUGCACAUGAGAAGGACAUCAAGCAUGAUGGUUACCUGGUGCCUUAUGCCACAGUGGAGUUAGCCUUAUUGUACAUGUCUGAAGGUCGCAUCGCAGAGGUCAGCAAACUGCUGGAGAAAGCCAAAAAAAAUUACAAAGGGUACCAACUGGAGUCUCGGCUGCACUUCCGCAUCCAUGCGGUGCGUACCCAGCUGAACCUGGUGGAGAAUGGUGAUGUGUUACCCUGUACCCCGCCUGCAACCCCUAAAGACAAAGCCAGCUCUAUGGACUUCUUCACAAAUGAUGCUUCCACCUCACAACAGGCAGCUGUGCCAUCAGAAUAGAACAUCAGACUAACCACUGUAUUCUUUAAUAAACUUUUUGACUUGUGACAAGGUAUCUUCAGAGGUAAUUUAUGCAAAAAUAUAAUCAUUUCAUUUUGCACACAGA